GGCACAACAAAACAAAGCUUAUCUUGGCUUGUGAUGCUGUAUGUGGACAUUACGGAGAGGUCCUGUGUAUUCAGGGUGUGUCAGCCCCGUGCCUGUACAACACUACACACCGCUUCACUGAGGUUGGCACCUGAAGGCAGCGCUCACUGGGGUCUACCGUCAUUGGAAGUUUAUUCGCCGAAGACCCGGGACCUCAUUAGUUAUUUACUAUCAGGAUGCAAAGGCUGACUUUGGGCUUUUAUUCAUCAUGGACAGUGGUCAAGUUCAAACUCCCAUGACUGAGACCCGGCCAUCGACAGCGGGGCUGAUAGAGCUACAUGUCUAUCUUGUGCCAGAAGAUCUAUGGAACCCCAAAUUAAAUAAGGUUUCUCUCGAUGUGAUCUGGAGAUUUAUUUCACUUGGAUUCAUCAGGGCGCCCCCCGAUAUGAAGCUGCGGAUGCUGAGAGACAGCCUUGCUGAAUUCCUGGGAGAAGAUGCCGUCACAGACAAGUUUGUGUUCUUGAAAUGUGUUGGGAGCAGUCUUGCUGUGGUAAAGUCAAGACAAGAAUAUGAAUUGAAGCUAAAGUCAUUUGCUCCACCAUAUGCACGUGAACCAGAAUUAUAUCUCCUUCCCGGGUUCAGUAAUGAUGGAAGUACCUACGGAUCCACAGUUACGCCAGAUCAGCAUCAGUUUCAGACAGAGUAUUCAGCCUCUGAGAAGUCUGAAGCGCGGGUUGAUGCCAUCAAUGAGGGAAAGAUUACAAUUCAGCCCAUCAAUGAGAACAAUCCGACCGUGUCCCAACCAGUUCAGGAUGAAGGCAGGAGCUACCUAUGGAAUAAGAAGAGACCGCACAUUGUGCCACUUACACACCAGAUGCAAUAUCAAGUUCAGAUUGACGACAGCAGCAUAUUACCUCUGGUGAACGGAAACGUCUCCAAUGUGAGUAAGAAGUCAGAAGUGGUCAGUUCUGAGGACACUAAGAAAUUAUCAGGACGAAACCCAACUGGUGACUCUGGGAUCGCAGAAUCUCUCCUGGGUGUAGAAAGUGAACACUCCCAAUGGAAACGACCAGAAAAACCUGUUAAAGAAAAUCCCGCAAACAGGAAGUCAAGAGAUCAAAACCAUCAGUUUGGUGAUACUUCUUUUAGACAUCUAGCAGAGCCAGCUCACUACCAGCCUCCGCCAUCUCCACCACUCCUACCAGAUUUCCCAACGAUUGAAUCUCCAAAAUCCCAGAUUCCUUCACAUGACGAGGCAAUUGUACAGCAGUUAAAUAUUAUAAAAGAAGAACGGAUCCAGCUGGAGAAAUUCCGGGAGGAGCUAAUAAAACGAAUAAAAUAUUUGCUAGAACAGCACAAACUCCGGCGCCAGCAAGCCAGAGAUUCCUGGAAAAAAAAGUAUUUUGAAACCAAGAAAGAGACAUCCGCAUUAGAAGAAAGACUGAACAAGCUCAAAAGUGAAAUGGACACUUACUACCAGAGGAUUCUGACACAGCUGGCAGCUCGAGACAGUAAAAAACGUGCAAAGCAUCCGACACUUGCUGCCAACUCAAAGGUAUCUAUAUCAAUAACCACAAAACAUCAUGAACUUGACCAGCUGAAACGUAAGGUGGACAAUGCCAGGAUCAAGCUGGUCGUCGAAAUUAAGAUGCGAAAACAGGCAUCUUCUGAUCUGAACGUUCUGAAAGCCGAAUUAGCCCAGAAGAAAGCGCAGGCCGGGUUGUCCAGUCCACGAUCACUAUAUGCAGCAUGAGGCUCCAUCGACAUUAUCAAAUGGCAUUUGGAGCCGAUAUUUAUCACCUUGUGCAAUGGACGGUUUUCUACACAAAUCAUAAUUUAUUUCAUGGAAGAUUGUCUGGAAAGGGCGCAGUCAUGGCAUAAUGUAAGCCUGCUUGCCUCUUGGACUGAAGUUUGAAGGACUAAAUGUUGAACUACUGGGAAGGUCUGCAUGUUCUAUUUGAGCCCAAUUGAGAAAUGUGGACAAUGCACAUCUUAUAGGGAUAUCUCAUGAUGGGCAAGAAUAAUACGUUUGCAAAAAGAAUAUUUAAUUUAUGGACAAAAAAUAUUAAAACAAUACUCCAGGCAAAACGACAUCUGAAAAGACAUGACAUGGAUUCAAAGACUUAGGCGCCCUGCACACAAACAUUUCGUUUUUCCCGUUUACGUUCCUUUUUUUGUGUUCCGUAUACGGGACCAUUAAUUUCAAAGGAUCCGCAAAAAAAAACAAAAAAAACAAAAUGGAAGGUACUGCAUAUGUCUUCCGUUUCCGUAUUUCCGUUCUAAGAUAGAACAUGUCCUAUUAUUUUUUUAUUUAAAGUAUUCAAAAUUGUACAAUCAUAGAGAAGCAUAAAUCGUACAUAGACAAUAAUUUGUACAAGAUAGGUGAUUGUACAAGAACAUGUCCUAUUAUUGCACACAAAUCACGUUCCGUGACUCCAUUCAAGUCAUUAGGUCCGCAAAAAAAAAAAAAAAAACUGAAUGCAUCCAUAUGUCUUCCGUAUCCAUUCCAUUUUUGCGGAACCAUCUAUUGAACAUUUUAUGCCCAGCCCAAUUUUUUUUAUGUACUUGCUAUUUAAACUUAAUUGUAUGCUUAUUGUAUUAAAAAAAAAAAAAAAACUGAUCACAAACGGAAACCAAAUGACAAACCGGAACGGCAAAGCAGAACGGAAACACUACCGAAACAAAAAAAAUAUAUAAAUGGAAAAACCGUUUUAAAACGGGCCGCAAAACCAUACGGUCGUGUGCAGGAGGCCUUACAAAAAGAAAACCCCUGUGUACAUCACCCCCUCUGACUGAACAGAUUUCUCUAAUUAAUCUGCCAAAAUACUGGCCUAUAGGUCUUGACCCACAUUUAUUAUGUGUUUUAGGCACUGGAAAAGGAGUGCGACUUAGCAGAAAGGGGCACCGCCUCAAAUACUAUAAUGUGUGCCAACAUUUGGCUGCAAAAUUUUGGCACAAAGCCAACCAAUAGGUAUUUACAUUUAUCAUACAGCAAAAUCCACAGUCAUAAAUUUGGUGCAUCUCAAGACUAAGUUUUUGCCAUCUAACAGGUUGCCCAAGUGUAUUCUUUUCAUGGAGUGCUCUUUUAAAUAAAACUUUAUGGUGUACAAAAAGGUGGCCCUCUGGUUAACCUGGCUGCUACAAAAAAAAAAAAAAAAACACCUAAAAAUGUCAUAAAAUAUUAUUGAGAUUUUUGCAAGUGUAAUUAAAAUUGGUAGAGAGAUUCCACAUAUAUGGUCUCCUCUCCCCUGCUGUCUUAUACCCGCUCCUUCUCAAGGCUACCAGAAAGCUAGAAUGUUAGGGUAGGUUCACACCUCGGUUAAACGGAUCCAGCAGGCUGUUCUGGCAGAGAACAACCUGCUGGAGUUUACCAGGUCUGGCGUAGUGCUACUGAUACUGCUAUUCACCUCCGGACCCCAUUGACUAUAAUGGGAUGUUGCAGGGAUCUGGCCGCUUUCUGGCAAAAAUAGCGGCUGGGUACGUAACAAUUAAUGCCAGGAGCAACAAGUACUUAUGUACCUGCCCAGCAGAUGCAGGUGCCCUCCCGAAUUCAACUGUAUCACCAUGCUUACGACAGCAAUACGGUUGAUUACUGUGGUGGGAGCAGCAGUAUUUUGUGCUGUACUGUGGUAUUUGGUUCCGCUGGGGUGGUAUUUUGCGCUGCACUAUGAUAUUACUGGCCCUGCUCACUUAAGUUGUCCCUCCCUCCUUGUGCUGCGUCGCCUUCUGUCAGUUUGGACUCGCCUAAAACAUGGGGCCACGUUUGUUUUUUCCAGGGCCUCCCUGCCGCUAUGAUACUCGGAUUUGCUUGAGGGGGGGGGUCAGUGAAAAUAUACAACACGGAUCAGCUUCUAGUCACGCGUUUUAAUAAGCAAAGUUGUCAAAAAGGAAACAAAAAGGUGGAACAUAGAAUAAAAUACCAAAUAUAUACAAAAAUUUUGAAACCAUUGCAUUGGAUUUUCCAUUAAUGUUUCAUUUUUUUAUUUUGUUUAAGUUUAUACAGUCUAAAGAAGUUCUCCGGACACAAUAGACAGGUAUAGAGUGGCAACACACACGCACAACCAUCACUCCAUUUACAGUACAUGAUCCCCACUGAUCAGAAACGUAUCUAUGCUGUGUAUUAGUGAUAAGGUCUUAUGGUGGGACAACCCUUUAAAUGCUAAAAAUGCCUGGCUACAAGUAGCCACCACUGAAAAGAUCAAAGGAACUUACGAUGGACUGUUUUAAGGAGUUAUCUAGUUUCAGCAAGAAACCAGACAACACUGGGGAACAGCCUAAAAUAAAGAGUUGAGCAGUACCUACCUAGCAGAUCCUGCGCCAACGCUCCAGGUUCACACGGUCAGACUGUCUACCUGGCUGUAGCAGUGACGUGACAUAUGUCCACUGCAGACAAAUCACUGACCUCAGCAGAUCACCUAAAAGGCCAGUGAUUUGGCUGCAGCAGUCACGUCUUGUCAACUUUAUGUCACCGCUGCAGCCAGGUCAAAAGAGCCCAACCGGGUGAACCCAGAGCGUCAUUGUGGGAUCUGCUAGGAAAGUACUGCUCAAAUCUUUAUUUUAGGCUAUUCCACAGUGUUGUCCAGUUUCUUGCUGAAACCGGACAACCCCUUUAAUUAUUGAGUAUGAUAUAUACAUGGUAUUCAGUAAGCUCCUGUGCUCCCUCUAGUGGUGGCUGCAGACAGCCAGGCACCUAUCUAUGCAGGGGAUUUAAAGAGUAGCCUGAAAACCACCACAUGUCCUGAUAGUUGGCUGACUCAGUUUUGCAUCCGGUAUCAGCAGCUUACACCCCUGCGGUCAGAGACGCGUACAUAGCAAUCUCAAGAAAUCCAUGUUUUUUGUAAUAAUUUACUCUAUUACAACCCUUUCAGAAUUGCCGUUUAUGCACCACCAGUAGGGCU